AAGUAAGGGACACUUUCAAAGUUUCACAGUCCAGAGCUAAGUUUACCACCACCGGAGACACACUACCACGACUGACCGGGAGUCACUGCCAGUUUCUCCACUAAAGAGUUGACAACAUUUCUCAUUAGUUUGCUUUUUCUGAUAUUUUCCUGAAGGCUUUUUGGGAAAAGGACAAUCUUUCACCAUGCAGUCCUGUGCCAGGUGUGGGUUUGUGGUCUACCCAGCCGAGAAGAUCAACUGCAUUGACCAGAACUGGCAUAAAGCGUGUUUUCACUGUGACGUCUGUAAGAUGGUGCUCACUGCCAAAAACUUUGUCAGCCACAAGAAGAGGCCAUACUGCUCUGUACACAAUCCCAGGAACAACACGUUCACAAGCGUCUAUGAGACCCCUGUCAACAUCAAUGCAAAGAAGCAAAGCAAGGCGAGCAGCGAGCUGAAGUAUCGUGAAGAUGGUGAGCGCUUUAUGUCCACCUUCCACCAAGACAUGAAGUCCAUGGAGCUGGAGAAGGCUCGCCUAGCCAGUCAGAUGACAAGCCAGCAGGCCUUCCAGUCUGAGUCUGAGUUCUCCCAGCAGCAGAUGUGGUACUCAGGCCAGGUGACCAACCAGGAGAUAGUAACAAUGUCUCAGGCCCAACAGUCCAGUAGUGAUGUGAAGUACACAGAGGAAUAUGAGGAGUCCAAAGGGAAAGGCAGCUUCCCUGCCAUGAUAACACCUGGUUACCAGGCUGCUAAGACAGCCAAUACUCUGGCCAGUAGCCUGGAAUAUAAAAAAGGACACGAGGAGAGAGUUUCAAAGUACACCACUUUUGUUGACCCCCCAGAGGUGUUACUGGCCAAAACACAAGGACAAAUUGUUAGCGAUUAUGCCUACACAGAAGAGUAUGAGCAGAAGAGAGGUAAAGGUAGCUUUCCUGCACAUCUUACACCUGGAUACUUGAUUUCAAAGAAGGCCAGUGAGCAGGCCAGUGAUAUCAAAUACCGUCAGGCGUAUGAACAGGAGAUGAAGGGUAAAGCCAGCUCUGAGGUGGCCAUGGCUGAAGCAGUCCACGCCAGGGAAAAUGCAGGGAAUUUCAGCCAGAUUGCCUAUACUGAGCAGUAUGAGCAGCAGCGAGGGAAAGGAAGUUUCCCCGCCAUGAUCACUCCUGGGUAUCACCUUGCAAAGAAGGCUCAAGAAAAUGCCAGCAAUCUAAAAUACAAGAAGGACUUGGACAAGAUGAAGGGCACCUCGCACUUCCACAGCCUGACGUCCGAAGAUAAUUUGGCUCUGAAGAACGCACGAAAGAUCAACAAGUUUGUCAGCGAG